GUAUCCCACAAAUUAGUAGAAUCCCAUAAAAAAGCAAAAAUAACAACAUAGUGUUUGUCAAAUAUUUACCAUGCUUCGUCGCAUCGCUGUAAUUUUACCAACUCUGGCUGCAUCCACCGCACGGUUCUACACUCCGUCCGAGCCGCUCAAGAAACUUUACGCCAGCGACUUUGAAAAGGCAGCGUUCCCCAUCGAUAUCACCCCAAGUGAUUCUACUCUGUUUGCAAAAUUUCUUUACAAGGCGGCCGAACCCGACACGAGCUUCGAAACCAUCCUAAAGGACUUACAGGGGGUCGCCGAUACCACCUCAAAACUACCCGUCUUCUGGGAGCGCACCUGUGUACUUGAUGAUGUCGAGGCGUUCAAAAACGUGUCGGAGCCGAUGCUUUUUACCCUUCACUGGAUGCAAAGCAAUGACAUGUUGGGGCUUCUCCCCGAAGUCACCAGUGUUUACGAGGCCUAUGUUAAUGCCAAGCUGAACCAAGCGGUUGCGAAGAUUUAUGUGGCUCCCGGGAAAACUAAGGAAACCGCAACCAUUAGGCGGGCCAAAGAGGUAGCCGAACAGCUCGCGAAGGAGAAUAGCACGCUCUCCGGAUGCAAACUUAUUUUUAAGGUUUUAAUAGAUCACGCCAUCGUCGAAGGCUUCGCGGUGGACCUGCGUGGGGUCUAUGUAAAUCAAGCUAAAGGACGUCAGGUUGAUACUUUAGCAGCGGACGAAAUCGACUAUGCCUAUAUCCCGCCACCACCUCUGAAGAAAACAGUCUGGGCGGAGAACAUUGAGACGGAGGUCUUUCGUAAAUAUUUAGAUGGAAUUGUACAGUACGAUAUGGAAGAGGUAAAAUACGGUGUCUAAAGCUUGAAUAUACUCAUUAUUGUAUGUGUAACCUACCUUUCUCAGGGGCAAUCCUUAUGCUUCAUUAUUUAUCGGUGUGUUUUUGUGUGCUCGUUUUUCAGGAAUCCGUAUUUAUAAACGGUGCACGUGAGGAAAGAAACCUUUUGAAGUUAAUUACUGUAGUAGAAACUUUAUAGUGUAUCUGGAUUAGAUUGAUUGGAAUGCGUAGAGAAGUCCUAGUAAGAAGGAGUAAAGAGAAAAAAAAGGAAGCUUGUUUAGCUUAUUACAGAAAGAAA